GAACAUCGAGGAAGCUUCAGUAAUUAUAAGAGCUUACAAUUUAUUUUGCUUUCAAUUCCGUUCAAAGAACGCAGCUCAUCAUAAUUCCGAUUUACCAUCACAAGGCAGAAAAAUGUCACAACCCUUCCGCCGUAUCAAGCGUCUUCUCAUAGCCAACAGAGGAGAAAUAGCAACGCGUAUUCUAUCCACAGCACGCGAACUGAACAUAGAAACCUACACUCUUUACACCACCAACGACUCGUCACAUACUCUCCACUCAACCCAUUCCAUUCAACUCCCAUCUCCCUCUUCAUAUCUCGAUAUCUCAACUCUGAUCUCUAUUGUUCAAAAACACAAUAUUGAUACUAUUCACCCAGGCUAUGGAUUCCUCUCCGAAUCUGCCGAGUUUGCAGAAAGAAUGUGGAGAGAAGCUAAUGCAAUCGUGAUUGUGCCUGGAUCUCAAAUCUUAGAAAGAACAGGUGAUAAAUUAAUGGCGAGAAAUCUUGCACAGGAAUGUCACGUUCCUAUUCUCCCAGCUCUUCAAGUCCCUACAGAUGAUGUGUCUCAACUCCAGAGUUUUGCAUCAGAGUUCGGUUAUCCUAUUAUUAUUAAAGCCGUAGAUGGAGGAGGGGGUCGCGGUAUCAGGAUUGUGACAAGAGAAAACGAACUAGAAGAGAUGCUAAAAGCAGCGUUAAGAGAAAGUCCAAGCAAGAAAGCUUUUGCAGAGAAAGCGGCCGUGGAUGGAUAUAGACAUGUAGAAGUACAAAUUAUUGGCGAUGGUAAAGGAGGAGUAAGACAUCUUUGGGAGAGGGAAUGUAGCGUUCAAAGAAGAUUUCAAAAAGUAGUGGAGUUUGCUCCUUGUUCGAUCACGGAUAGGGGGGUUGUGGAGAAGGUCAUCGAAAGUGCGUUGAGGAUGGCCAGGAAGGUGGACUAUUACUCGCUUGGAACUUUCGAAUUUCUCGUUCGCCAAUCACAGCCGCCGGAAUUCUAUUUUCUGGAAAUCAAUCCUCGUUUACAAGUCGAACAUACAAUUACCGAAUCUCUGGCCUCUGGUAUCGAUCUCGUCAAAGUCCAGCUUCUUCUAGCUCAAGGAAAUACUCUCUCAUCUCUCAUCUCUUCAUCUCUUCCUUCGUCUCCAUUAACACCACCACAAAUCCACUCUUUGCAACUGCGCAUUACAGCCGAAUCACCCUCUCAAAAUUUCUCACUCAGCCCCGGAAAAAUCUCAUCCUCUUAUUUUCCUUCUGGAAACGGUAUUCGAGUAGAUACUCAUCUAAAUCCUUCAACCCCUGCAAUCAUUGGCACGGAUUUCGAUAGUCUACUAGCAAAGCUCAUUAUUACUGCACCUACCUGGCAAGAUAUUGUUGCGAAAGCUAAACGAGCAUUAGAUGAUACAUAUAUCAUUGGCAUUGAAACAAAUUUGGAUUUGUUAAGAGCAAUUAUCGAUAGUGAUGCUUUUAGAAAGCAAAAAUGCGAUACGAGAUGGUUAGAGAAAGAAUUACCGGUGUUGCUCAAAUCCGCCAAGAAGAUAAGCGAGGGCUCGAAGCGUUCGGCAGUACCGGUGUUGACGAGCUCAUUACCAACUUUACCAUCUUCAUCGAGUGUAGUGUUCCGUCCGAGAGAUGCGUGGAAUAUCGAACUUAGUCCUGAUGAAUCUUCCACCUCGGGUGAUAAAUCGGCGAAGUUGGCGCCGAUUCCAUAUCACAUGCAAAUAACCCGCAUUCUCACCAACAAUUUUCCUUCAUCUCUCAAAGCCAACAUCUUAUUCACUUCUCCGUCCUCCGCCACCACAAAAUCAACCCCCUACAUACUCUCGCUUACCUCCUCUUCAAACCCUACCUCCCAACAAUCUUCCCAUCGUCUAGGUAACCCCCAAAAUCCAAACCAUAUAACAACACCUUUCCCGGGAAAACUUAUUGAAAUUAACGUCGAGAAAGGAGAUCAGAUAGUAGCUGGCCAAACAAUCUGUGUGAUUAGACAGAUGAAGAUGGAAGUUGAAGUUAGGAGCCCAAGGAAUGGGGUUGUGAGGUGGAUUUUUGGGGAUGGGGAGGAAGAUCGUUGGGAAGAGGAGGUGGAGGGGGAGGAUGUGGGGGUUGGGGUGCUGGUUUGUGAGUUGGAAGAAGAUGAGGAGAGCGGAAAUGUAAGGAAGAGUAAAUUGUAAAUCAAAAGAUGGGCGUUUCUUUAUCCUGUGGAUGAUGUAAUGUUUUACAUAUGUGAUAGAUCUGUGACGCAAAGAUCACAUAUUGAUUAAACUGAUAAUACUCAAUCAAUCCUUGGAGCCA